AUGACAAAGACGACGACACUGGCACAGACAAACUCAGUGAUCAACAAUAAGAUCUAUCAUAAUGCUGAUAAUGUAUAUCCAUGCACAAGACUACUGGAUGCUACGCGUCAGAUUGGAUGUACAGGUAUCGAUGGUGGUAACUACGGCACACUCUAUCUAGUCGACUCUGAUGAGUCGUUGCGCAAAGUUCCCAGUGAUGCAAUCGUCAUACUGGAUGCAGACUACUUCAAUGGCACUGUACUCAAGAAGGUCACUUCUGGUCCAAUCUCUGGUGUGCUUGUGCUUACAGACACGCCCAAGACCUAUCCUUACUCGCCCGAUGUCACAUCGCCCAACUCCAUGUAUGGCUACUACUCACAGCCACAAUACAAUUGGAAUCCCCUUGCCGAUGAAAUGUCCUUUGGUCAAUACAGAAUGCCAAUCUUUGGACUUGGCUUUGAUGACUCUGUUCAGGCAAGAGAGUAUGGCACAUACAAUAGAUUGGGUAAAGACCCGCUAUGGGGAGCACAAUUGGAGUCAUUCAUGCACGCAGCGACCAAUGCACAUGUUUGUUUGAGAAGAGGAUACUGCCAACCAAUGGGAAGCAAGAGUGUUUGGUCAGCCUUUACACCAAAUUUGGGCCAGCGUGAUAUUCUGAUGGUGAUCGCACCGAUGGACGCAACAGCCUUCUUCCACGGCAUGGCUGUCGGCGCUGAAUCGACCGCCUACGCCCAGGUCGUGCUGCUCUCAAUCAUGGACACGUUCAGCCGCGUGAACACAUCGAGCUUGGACCUCGACCUUGUCUUUGCCAUGUUCAACGGUGAGCGCUGGGGAUACCUGGGCAGCAACAGAUUCGUUCACGACGUCACCAACUUCAAGUGCCAAGAGUAUGGCAGCAACAACAACACAUGUCUGCAGCCAUAUACCGUGGACCUGGGCUUCCUCAGCUUUGACUUUACUCGCGUCAAGUACAUCGUUGAGCUGAACCAGAUUGGCAACCCAUUGACACAAGACAAGGAGGGACGUGCCGUGUUUGCGCUCAACUCUCUGGCGUCCAACACAAACAAUGUCAACCAGAAGGCACUCCUUGAGUACUUCACCAACACGACCGCUGAGCUCCCCAAUCUCAACGUCACUGUAGCGUCUGUAGACCCAACCAAGGUCACCGAGCUGCCUCCAUCCUCAACCAUGACGUUCCUCAAACAAAACUCAUCCAUUGCUCACAUGGUCGUCACUGAUCACUUUGGAACUUAUACCAAUCAGCACUUCUCAUCAAUCAAUGAUCUUUAUACCAACAUUAAUGCAUCGAUCUUGAGUGAUACUGUCACUUACUUUGCGACGUUGAUCGAUAGGAUUGCCGGUGGACACAACGCCAUCGUGCCAAACGCGACAUACGCUGAAGAGCUAUUCUAUUGUCUCACUCAAAACUACUCUUGUGGAUACUUCCCAUUGUACUCUCAUGAUUCAUCGGAUGGACUACCACCAAACUAUGCCAAUGUGAUUGGACCAUCACCAUCUGGAAUGUUCAUUUCGGCACAGGCAUUGUUCAUCUAUCAACAGAUGACAUAUAUGGCUGCUUACAAGACUACGGACGCCGUGUGCAACUAUGAGGUCACAUGCGCAGCUGGCCAAGCUUGUUUCAAUGGCGCCUGUCUCUGGUCCAACACACACUUCCACUCUGCUCAAUCACUUGGCAUCGAUUACGUUGAUGGAUACUUCACCAUUACCAACGAAAGUUAUUCUACAUGGGUUGAGAGCAAUUGGGACUUCUACAAUGUCAAGUACUUCCAGAUGGGCAAUAAGCCAACAGAGAUAGUGUUCCUGGUGUUUGGACUCAUUGAGAUGUUCAUUGUGGCAGGACUAAUCUUUGUAUCUCAAAGAUAUCUGUCCAAGCGAUACAAGUUGUUGUAA